UCGAUUAACCGCGAGAGCUGGUCCGUCUGCAGUAUUCCAUUAAUUUCGGCAUACUUUUCCAGAUUCUCAUAAACUAAACCAAGUCCUGAAGAUUAAGUGUUCUUCCGGCUACGAUGGAGUUUCCGCCUUGUCCUCCCUCAUUGAAGUCCAUUCAGCACUUCUUGAAAUUGGCCCAGGAGCACGACACCCGAGAUGUGGUCAUUGCCUACUGGGCAAGACUCUAUGCGCUCCAGGUGGGUCUCAAGGCGUCCACCCAAUCCGCUGAGGAAACCAAGUUGUUGCUCGGCAUCAUGGAUUGGCUUGAGCAGAUGAAGAAGCAGCAUACGGAUAACGAGGCGUUGACCAACGAGGUUGCUGCCCAGGCUCACAUCGAAAACUACGCCUUGAAACUAUUCCUGUACGCCGAUAAACAGGAUCGAGAGGAGAACUUUGGCAAAAACGUCGUAAAGGCCUUCUACUCCAGCGGGGUGCUGUACGACAUUCUCCAGACUUUCGGAGAGCUGAGCGAGGAGGCGCUGCACAACAGGAAGUACGCCAAGUGGAAGGCGGCUUAUAUCCACAAUUGCCUGAAGAACGGAGAGACACCGAUUCCCGGUCCCUUGCCAGAUGACGAUGAUGAGGCGGAACUCGAGGGGGAGAAUGCCAACGCCUCGGCUGACACAUCGCCCGAGGAUGGAGCGGGAGCAGCUGCUCCUGCCCCCUACCAACCGCAGCCGGAUCCCGAGCCGCCUGCCCCCUCUUCGCCGACGGCUUCCAGCGUAGUUCCUCCCACUGCCGAGGAGGUGCUAAACAAUCCAAACAAAUUGCCCAGUCCGCCGGUGGACGAGGAAAAGCCAGGUGGCUUUGAGCCCUAUGUGCCCACGGGUCAGCCCAAUCCCGCCACAGCGGCUACCAUUUACCAGCCGAUCGUGCCCGUGGCCGGAGUGCAGAUCACUCCCGACCAAAUGAUUACCGCCCAGAAGUAUUGCAGGUACGCCGGAAGUGCCCUCAACUAUGAUGACGUAAAGACCGCGAUCGAGAACCUGCAGAAGGCCCUAAAGCUACUUAGCACCGGAGCCGAGUAGGGCAUACACACAUAUAUGUAUUUAGGAAACCAUUCCUAGGCACAGUUAUAGCUUAGAGCACCAGUAUACCCAAUAAUCUCCCGCUAAUCACGCGUUGCAAAACGAAACUAUUACGAAAUUCAGAUUGACUGACGUUGGAUAAUUAAUUUUAAAUAUGUAUGAGUUGUUCAAAUUUAUUAAAAUUGUUUCUAAAAGUCGUAAUUAAGAUGGUUUCGACUAAGUGCCCGUUA